GAGGCAGAUAUCUACUUGAUUACCUUUUUCUAUUAAGAGUGUACUUUUUCAGUCUGAUGUGAUACAAAAAUGAGCUAGUCACCCCCUACUAGAGUCUUACUCCACUUUGAAAAAUGCAACACACACACACACAGGCUCACAACAUUGUGACAUCAUAAUGUACCAGCUAACGUCAAUAGUGAUGGCAGAUUUAAAUUCAAAUGCAGUUCAGAGUUUUUACCUGACGACAGUUUUAGGCAGAAAUUUUUAAUUUGAACUAAAAUGCUCUUAAGUGCAAAAUCAUUGUCUACACGUGUCUGCAGCACGAUUAGACACUCAUUUAUAUAGUUUAUCAGCCAAAAAAAGGUUGAUUUGGGGAAGACUUGCUUUAUCAACAUUUUCUUUGUUAGAUUGAAAAGCAUCAAUUAAAAAGAUUCAAACAAUAACCCAAAACUGUAGCUCAGUGUUCUGAACACACUCGGCAGGUAGGCAGAGUAUCCCGCUGCUCGUCCUUCACACAAACACUUUAUAAAGGUCAAAUUAGUCGUCAUACUCUUGUUAUUACUGCCUGUUGUGAUCGGGGCGGGGCUAGGAUCCGACCACGCGCUGAUUGGACGUGAUGCCCUCCCCUGUGGCACAUGCUUCCGUUUGGUGAGUAUGCGCAUGCGCAUCGCGCCCUCUCUUCUGAUAUUUUAUUUACUCCCGAAAUCCAAGAUGGCUUCUGUGAAUGUCUCAGCCCCAAAGCAAAGCGAGGAUGAGAGUAGCUGCUGAAAAAACUACUUUCCCCUGACCGUCGCAUCCCCUGGAGUUCAAUCCGUAUGUUGUGGAGGAGGCUCUAGCAUCCGCCUAGGCCCCGAGCAGCCAUCGGAGCUUCGCGGAACCUUCUUCAGUCCACCAAUUUGGAGUAGUUUCGCGAAGUAGCUCUUCUCGGUGUCACUGUCUGUCCGGAGCGAGGUUCAGGCAGACAGUAGCUCAUCCUAAUGGCCGAACCGAGAAAAGUGCAGUUUGUCACCCUGUCGGCCUUCGCAGCUGGGGCUGCCGCGGAGUCUAGGAAACGCAGGCUGGAAGAGGAGGCCGACUUCAACUUCGAUGGAGCCGGGGAAGUCGAGGCAACCAGGGGGGUAGGAGGCACUGCCAGCGACGGUCGACUCGGCAAAACCGGCGACAGGGACAAGGCUGCUGCCGAGAGGAGGGCGACUGUUCGGCUGAACCUGUCCCUGUGUGAGCCCGACGAUCGCUCCUCCGCUGAGUUUAAUUAUGGCGAACUCAUCCAGAACCUCCAGGCUAAGAAAAACCUUCCAAAUGCGACUCGAGCCCAGAAUCCCAGUGACCCCUUCAACGAUGAGGUGCGUGAGCGGCUCCAGGUCGAAGCUCUGGCUAAAAAGUUUGAAAACAAAUAUGGUAGCACAGGGAAGAAGAAGAAGGACAGAAUGCAGGAUCUGGUUGAUAUUGGCUUUGGUUAUGAUGAGACAGACCCGUUUAUAGACAACUCAGAAGCUUAUGAUGAGCUGGUGCCUGCGUCUCUGACCACAAAGCUCGGGGGGUUUUACAUCAACACGGGCACGCUGCAGUUCAGAGCAGCCUCUGACUCCGAGGGAGAAGACGACAAGAAGCUGAACAAUGAUAAGGAGCAGGCGAUAACGAAGAGAAAAAAGGAGAUGAACAAUCUUGAAGAAAAGAGUCAGAAGAAAAGCAGAGUGUCUAAACAAGGAGUGACGGCUCUCAACCUUCAUCGGCCAGAGAAGAAGAAGAGAAAGAAACUGAUGAAGGACUCGCUGUACCUGGCAGCGAUGCUUCGUCGCUUCAGCCGGGAGAAAGAGGAGAUGAGGAAAAGAAACCCAAACGUAAAUCAGCUCGCUGCGUCUGGAGGUUCAGCCAGCAAGCCCCACUCCGGCAGCUCCACAAACCUCCCAGUGUCUAACUCCAACCAACCACAGGCCCGCGCAGCUGUCGGCGAUCUCUCCACGGCAGAGCUCACCUCCGACCCCGCCGUGAUGUCACUGCUGAGCUCGGCAUCUGAGAAGGAGCUGCAGGACCUCCUGGGUGACCUGGACUUCAGCUUGUUGGACAGCGACCAGCAGAACGCUGUGGUGACAGCCAGGGAGAACGGCAUUCUGGGUAUCGGUGGUCCCUCUCAUAAAGCAGGUGGUGUUGGGGGCCAAGGGCGAGGUCUGGGGUCUUCCAGUGGACUGUUCUCUCCACCACCGCUCCCCGAUGGACUUCCUGCUCCUCUUAUGAAACGCAUCGAGGACCUGCGGGCGGCCUCACGGCAGUUUGAUCAGGAGGGCAGGAAGAAGUUUUUCACCCUGGACAUGAAUAACAUCCUCCUGGAUAUUGAGCUGCAGGUCCAGGAGCAGCCUCCUGAGGUGCGUGCAGGCAUCUAUUCCCACAUGGAAGCAUUUGUGCCAUGCAACAAAGAGGCCCUCCUCAAGCGCCUCAAAAAGCUUAGCCUCAACAUCCAGGAUGACCGGCUGCGGGCGCCUCUGUUGAAGCUGAAGUUGGCGGUGUGCAGCGUGAUGCCGGAGCAGAUAAACAGAUACAGCAUGGACUGCAUGGCCAAGGCUGCAAAGCAGCAGUCAGAAGAGGGCGAUAAGAACGGCUCAGAGGAGGAGGAUGAGGAGAAACCAGGGAAGAGGGUGAUGGGCCCUCGGAAGAAGUUUGUCUGGGAUGACAAGCUCAGGAACCUGCUGUGUAACCUGGUGAGAGUGAAGCUGAGCUGCUAUGAGAUGGAGAAGCAGUGCUCUCUGUCUGUGGAGGACUACCUCAAGGCCUUCUUGGAGAACGAGGUCAAACCACUGUGGCCCAAAGGCUGGAUGCAGACCAGGAUUCUGUUCAAGGAGAGUUUUGCUGUUCACGGCCAUCUUACUGGAAAUCUAGUAAAGAGGAGGAUCCUGCCUGGACCCAAGGCCAAAGCCAAGGAGGGUCUUUGGAUCAACAAACCUCCUCUGACCAUGACCUCCACACCUGCCCUGACCUGCAGCCGCCUGCCCCCCUCCUCCUCCUCGCCCCCGGAGCCCAUCUGUCUGUCGGACUCUCUGGAUGAGGAUUUGACCGCUCCCUCUCUGGACUCCAUCUCUCAUGCUCUGGCUCUCCUCAGUAACGUGUCCAAGGGCCUGGGCCCAGCGGACAGCCCUCUGUCACCCCCACCUCUUCAGAUGCCCACCUCCUCCCCUCCCCCCGUCGCCCCUCACUACCCCUCCAUCUCUCAGGUGUCUGCCCCGACUGUGUCCGCGGCGCAGCAACAUUCCCUGUCUAAGGUUGCGACCUCUUCUCCAGCUGCUGUGUCAGCUGGGAGCUUGCCUGUGAUGACACUCGCCUCCCUCUCCUCUACCUCCUCCUCCUCCUCUCCCGCCGUCUCCUCCACGGCCCGUGUGGCCCCGUCGGGCCUGCCGCUGACCUCCAGGACGGCAGAGGGUCACUACAGCCAGAUGAAGGGCACCAUGGUCCAGUCUCAGAGACAUGUAACCAUGACGACGCCCUGCCACAGGCCUACCUCCGUAAUGGGUAAGGUGCAUCCUCACCCCUCACCGUCUCCUACAAAGCAGCGGCCUCCCCCCACAGCAUCCCCCCUGCUGCCCCCCCACCAGAAAGGCUUUGCCAGCCCAGCAGGGUUACUGGGAACUCUGGGAGCCAGUCAAGGACCGUCCAAGAGCAGCACCAAGUCCAGUAGCAACGGCGGUGCUGCCAACAGCGGCGUCGCACCUUCCUCCUCCUCUUCAUCACAGACCCGGCCCAGCUCUGCCUCCCAACUGCAGUCCUUCUGUCCCCCCUCCCCUGGAGCCUCCUCACACUCCUCCCAAGGGAAAGCCCACACACACCUUCACCACCAGUCAAACUUCAUCACCCCCAUGCAGGCCACCCUCACCAAAUCCUCCCACAGCAGCAACUCCUCCCCCAUCAUCAAACUCACCCCUCGGCCUCCCGCGCCCACGCCGCCUCCCUCCUCCACCCCGUCCCCAUCGUCCUCACCCUCACAUCAGCUCCCCCAUCAGAUGAUCUCCAACCAACAGCAGCAGCACCAGUACGCUCCCAAAACCACCAAGCCCUUCCGACCCCCCUUCAGCGGCUCGAGCAGCGUGCAGGCGAAGCCGACGGCGGGCAGCUGCAGCUUCGCUGGAGUCCAGAAACCUCAGAGCGUCAUUAAUUCCAGCAACAAGGGAGUCAUGUCACCCGACAAAACUCCCCCGUCCUCUACAGCGCUGGCCUCAGCCAGUCAGAGGCAAAGGGGCGGGGCCAAUCAGGGCUCAAAGGCGGGAAAUGGUUGGGGGUCUUCAGGUACUCUGGCCGCACCCGCCACAACAUCGCACCUGUCCCAGGCGUCGGGCUCCCCCCUCCUGAGCAGCCACUCGGCUCUGCCGCUGGGCUUUGGGAUGUUGGGCGGUCUGGUUCCCGUCUCACUGCCCUUUCGGUUCCCCUCGUUGCUGAAUUUCAGCGCUCCAGGGGCUGCUGGGAUGGGCUCGGCCCCCAGCUCCAACUCAGGAUACUCGCUAGCACAGAGCGACCUAAUGGAUCUGUACAAGAGCCUCCAGUCAGGGUCGCAGGCUGCCCUACCUCCUCACUUGCAGCUUGCUUUUUCAGAUGCGAACCAAAGCCAGAGUGGAGACAUGAAGAGGAAAUUCCACUGACCAAUCAAAGCUCAGGAGGGGAUGUCAGGUGACAUCACACCCUCCUGGAUGAGAUCACCAAUUAGCAAUCAAGGCUCUGAUUGGCUGGCGGGGACGCGGAUCCACCGGCUGACCCGAAACGGACCUAAAGGAGUUCCUCCUCGCUUCAAGUGGCAAUGAAUUAAUUUACCCGUGUUUCCUCUGAAGGAGCGGGUAUGAGAACAAGACCGAGUGAAUGACGAGAACACUUCCUUUUGUUCGGCUUCUUUUGUUCUGUCAACAUGUUUACAUACGACUGACCUGGAUCACUGUGGAAUGAGUGUGAGCGAGGUGGUGGCACACGAGAGCAGUAGCACGCUACCUUAUAUCGUUUGUAUUUAAGAUUAUGUGGAGUUCUAGGACUCUCGUUCUUUCAGUGACAAUAAGAGGAAAAAAAAGAAAAACAGAAUAUAAUUAUGAGGUUUUUGUUUUUUCUCUGUCUGCGGUGUGGGAGUCGUCGUGUCUGUAGAAGUUUAUUUUUGGUCACCUUUGCUCCCACAAAUGACUGUUAGGUAGUAGCUUAAAUUAACAUUGCUAAAUUAUUUUUAAUUUACACAGGGAUACAAAUGCGAGUGUGUGUGUGUGUGUGUGUGUUUGUACAUAAAAGAAACUAUAAAUUUCUUUCCAGAUGUUUUUUAUAUGACCGAGUAGACAUGUCCCCCCCCCCCCCCCCCCCCCUCACAAUAAUGAGCAGAUGUUAGUCUGAUGCCCCGCUCUCAGUGGGCUUUUGGUGCUGUUUGAUCACACUGGACCUUUUGUGAAGGAAGAAAAUUCAUAUUUAUAUAUGAGAGUUGGUAAAAGUUCUGGGUGGGAGUGGGGUAGAGGACUGGAUUGUAGCUUACUUGAAUUUUCAUUUGUUUUAUUUGUGUUUUUUAUAUAUAAUUUUCACUGCUUACAGACUCAAAUCUUCUUAAUAUAAGAAAACGCCUUAGUUUGUAUCGAUAAAAGUAUGAAAAAAGAUCUAUGCAGGACUGUGAAAGCUCAGUGCAAAAGUACAAGUGGUCGUUUGGCUUUCAAACCUCUCCUCAGCGUGUCGGCGCAUUUCCGGAGUCGUGCUGUUAACGCCACGCUCCCGGGUUUUCUGGUGGGAGUUCACACAAUAAGACGAGAGAGCGAAGUCAAGUUUAGCUGCAGGUCUAACCACUACAAGUGUUCUCGUGUAAAUAAAACUGUUGUCAACGCAACUCUAGUUUAUCUAGGAGAAAACGCGCGAUGGCUGGCGACUAAAUCCGUGAACUUAUCGAAACGAGGAGGAAAAACAUUAGAUCGACUGAAAAUUCAGCUAAAGUAAUUAUAGCUCGUUUUCACGCUGUUAUUAAUGCUUUCAGUACACUAAUGCAGUUGUAGGGAAGAUCAGGAGGAGGAAACUGGGAACAUCUCCAUUAGUCCAUGCUACAAAUGAAAACCCUUCUUUAGAAAGGCCAUUCUAACAUAAAACUGUUUUUUUAACCCUUUCACAGAACUGAUCGGGCCUCGGUUUGGAAACAAAACCACAAUAAACUGAACGAAACUGAAGUUUGAUCCACUUUUCUCUGCAGCUCACAUGAAAAUAAUUCCAGUUCUCUUUGUGUUUUACUCCGAGUUGAUCGUGUCAGUGUUAUUAUUUAAAUUUAGCGUAACUUGGCGAGUCCCAUCGGCUACGCUCAACAUGUCUCCGUUUGAUUUAGCAGAGCGGCAACAUUAAAUCAAAUAAAUCCGACGUUUAAACAAACGGCUGGUUUGGCGAGUCUGAUGAAAGACGAACUUCUGUUUGUAAUCAUUUCUGAGGUGGGACUUGAGUCGUUGAUGAGGCGACACAGCAGAAGCAGUGACUCCUAAAAGACCUGAACUAACUUUUUUUUAAUGGAAACAAUAUUUAACAUUUUUAUCUUUCCCACUGAAGCCAGCAGAGGUUGUUGGCUGGUUUUCUCACGCUUUAAACUUGACUUCGUUCUUUCUGAACACUGGUAGCAAAACCUUCCGUCAGCUGAAUACCUCCGUUUAUAAAACUGUUCUUCCUGUGUGUGUGUGUGUGUGUGUGUGUGUGUGUGUGUGAGAGAGAGAGAGAGAGAGAGAGAGAGAGAGAGAGAGAGAGACCGGCUGCACCAAGAGAGAUGCCAAAGAUGGUUUUGUAGUAGCUGCUCUGGAGGGGUGCUGCUGGUCUUGAGUGCAUGUAUUCUUGAGUGACGUUGACCCCUGACCCCUGAGUGUCAGCUCCUUUCUUCUGGGUGUGAAGUCAUGUGACCUGAGCAGCAGGUGACACCUCACAUGUUGUGCUUUUGCUGGAGGUGCAGGAGGGUAAGAAAGACAUUUUGUGGUUUUCUGGUUCCUUAAUUUGAUCUUUUGUAGAUUAUUUUUCUGUGUCUUAAGAAAUAAAACAGGUGGUUUUCUUAA